CAGGAUUUCGUUUCAUAACAUUCGUAAGUCAGCGCGACGAUGGAAUUAUCGCUGCUUAAGUCGUGCUAACUUGUUCCACAUUCGUUCGACAAUCUUUGUUGAAUGCACAACUCACAACAAGAAAGUUUAGUAAUAGUUUAAAAAAAGUGAAACUAGUUAAUCACAAUGAAUUAUUUCAUUGGAGUUGACGUGGGAACAACAAGCGCACGCGCGGCCCUUGUUUCCGAAACAGGAAAAGUCGUUAAAGUCGCCACAAAAAAUAUACAAAUAUUUAACUACAAUGUGGAUUUCUAUGAACAAUCGUCCGAAGAUGUGUGGAAUGCAUGCCUGUAUUGCAUUAAAGAAGUGAUUAAAAAUGUCCCACCAGAAACAAUCAAAGGAAUUGGAUUCGACGCAACAUGUUCAUUGGUUGUUGUCGAUAAAAAUGGCGAUCCUCUAUCAGUCAGUCAAUCAGGAAAUAAUGACCAAAACAUAAUUAUGUGGUUGGAUCAUCGCGCAUCAAAGGAAGCCGAUGAAAUAACAGCCCAACAACAUGAUAUUUUACGAUUUGUUGGCGGUAAGAUAUCGUUAGAAAUGGAAACACCAAAAUUAAAGUGGUUGAAAACCAAUUUACCAAAAACAUGGUCAAACGCUGGGUAUUUCUUUGAUUUACCUGAUUAUCUAACAUGGAGGGCGACAUCUUGUGAUUCACGAUCGUUAUGUUCAUUGGUUUGUAAAUGGACUUACGAAAUUCUCGAUGCAAACAAUAAUACCUCACAAUGGAACCCUUCCUACUUUAAACAAACAUGCCUUGAAGAUCUUUUGCAAAAUGGCGGACAUAAAAUCGGAAAAGUGGUGAAGUCUCCAGGAGAAUCUGUGGGAAAUGGCUUACAUCCAUUAGUUGCUGCAGAAUUAGAUUUAGUUCCACACAUGCCUGUUGGUGCAAGUAUAAUCGAUGCACAUUCUGGUGGAUUGGGAUUGAUCGGAUGUCAAGUAGAUGGCGUUGAUGCAGACUUUUCUAGCAGACUAAGUUUAAUUUGUGGCACAUCAACAUGUCACAUGGCUGUCUCGAAAGACGCUUUGCCAACACCAGGAAUCUGGGGACCAUAUUAUAGUGCAAUGGUUCCAGGAAUGUGGUUAAAUGAAGCCGGGCAGAGCGUUACAGGAAAACUAAUUGAUUUUAUAAUUGAUAGUCAUCCAGCUAGCAAUGAAAUUAAGGCUCGAAUUGGUGACAUGCACAUUCAAGAAUAUCUAACCAAACUUUUACGUACGAUUAGCACACGUGAAAAAGUUCCGGUUGAUUUUCUAACUAAAGAAGUACAUGUUUGGCCGGAUUUCCAUGGAAAUCGUUCACCAAUAGCAGAUCCAACUCUUAAAGGAAUGAUUUCCGGCUUGACUUUAUCGUCAACUGAAGAAAACCUCGCAAUUUUAUAUUUGGCCACUGUUCAAGCACUUUGCUAUGGUACGCGUCAUAUAAUGGAGACAUUAGUCAGUUCCGGUUAUAAACCCUUUAAAUCCAUAUUAAUUUGUGGUGGAUUAAGUAAAAACCCACUAUACGUACAAAUGCAAGCAAAUACUGUGCACUUACCGGUAGUAGUGCCGGAAGAAGUAGAAUCAGUACUCCUAGGAGCCGCCAUCUUGGGAGCUUGUGCCGCCGGCCAUUUUGAGAACAUGUUCGAAGCGAUUUCACGUAUGGGUGGACGAGGAAAAUCAAUAUCACCAGAAGAUUCAACUCGAAACUAUCAUGAUAAAAAAUACAGGGUGUAUAAGAAAAUGUUAGAAGAUCAACUUGCUUAUAGAAACAUUAUGAAUGAAUAAUAUUAAACAAGUUUUUGUACAUGUUAAACAUUAUACCAAUAAAUAGUUAAUUAUUA